GCUGCCAACCCCUGUGGCAGUCUCGGGGGUCCAAGUCCAUGUCCACAGGGGGUCGUUUCCGCUACCCGUUGUGUUGUCACGAGGCAGUGUUGGACUACCAUGGUGUGUAUGGCCUACAGAGGAACCUGCUAGUAGAGAACAUCAUAGACAUCUACAGACAAGAAGAGUGCAGCAGGUCAGUGGUGUGUGCGUGUGUCUGGGUCUGUGAGGGGUACGUGACUGGCUUCUGUAAGCAUCCACCAGAACCAGAAUGCUCAUAUGUCAACAUUAUCCAUACAGUGUUGCCAUACAACACACACUUCUGCUGACCUCUGUUGACAUAAGGACAUGGCAUGUCAACAAAUGCCAUGAGCACAAGUGUGUACUACUGCUACAACCAUGAAAUAUUGUUUCCAGUUUCAUCUCUCAUGCAACAGGCCCUGCACAGUCAGUGGUGCAAAGACCUAGGCAUCUGAUUCUACUCUAAUGGUGUCACUAGCGCUUCUGUGUGUGUUCAUCAGCUGUGUCCUGUUAACAUACCAGGAAUAUAGAAACCUCCGUCUCUGGCGGUGUCCUCCAUAUUGUUGCUAUAACUAGCACACUUUAUCCCUGCCUCGAUGGAGCGGUAAACAGGAGAACCAUGUGUCCUCUUGUGGCAUUGAUACAGAUACAGACGUGUGUAUCUGGGGGUUGGUUGUGAGUAACAUAGAUCUAGUGUCUAUCUGGUAUUAUUCACUGAUCAAUAUCAAGUGGUGCAAGGGUUAAAUUGGGAAUUUGGAGGUGGGGGAGCCCUAUUUGGAGGGGUUAGGGUUAAGCCAUGGUUGAACGUAAGGUUUAGGGUUAUGCCAGGGUUAGGGUUUGUGUUAACUUUUAUCCUACCUUCUAUCCUACUACUCUUUGGACCGGUAAGGUGCUGGAUCUCGGCUUCGUCUGGCUUUCUCUUUGACCCAAGGCUCAAUUUAGCCACUGAUGUGGUAUGACAGAGGCAGUGGGAAUCUGAACAUUCUAUUGCAGUAAUGUCUGUUUACCCGUAGAGUGCAGUACUGUAAUCCAUUCUAGUAGUAAAAGCGCAUUAGGGCUCUAUUGAAAAGCCUUCUGUCUUGGUCUAUUUGGUUGUUAACAAAGGGUGUAAAAUGUAACAUGCUAUUUUGUUUCUUAUAUGAAUUUUUAUUCCAUAGCUGAAUGUGUAGUAUGUUGUAUAUAUUUUUUCAACGACAGAAAUGGGCCCCAUCUCUGAAUACACAUUCUCAUUUUGUAUAGAAGGCCGCUGGGUGGCAGUCUUUUCCAAUGUUGAUAUCACUUAGAAACCUGUAGCAAUAUUACAGCUUUUUCAUGCCCUGUCUUGACACAAUAAAGAUGAAAGAUUAUAUAAUUACAUCAAGGGAAGUACUUCUGGUCUGUAACACAGAUUUGAGCUAUAUGAACAAUCUAUCUAGUUUCACUCAACAUUAUAUUCCUCAAUGCCUUUUAUCAAAUGUGUAAAUUGUUCUUUAUCUAUGUGUAGGCUAUUCCUCUAGAGAAUAGGAAUGGUCAAUAGUAGUACAUUUCAUAUGAGGUAAACUGUUGGUGAAAUCCCCUAAUUCCCCUAAUUCCUUCUUGAUUAUCUGAAGCCUUGAGAGUUGUUUCCAUUUCCUGUGCCAUUGACAGAAGAGCCAAAUAAGGUGUGUGUGCAUAUGUACAUUGAUGUGUCUGCACGCAUGUAUGCAUGUGUACUGGAUGUGUGUGUGUGUUUGUCUGAUUGUGUGUGUGUGUCUAACAAGCUGUCCCUUUACUUCUGUGUCCCUGCAGGCCCCUGAACCCCACCAAGGUGAAGCAGCAGCAGCUGAUGUGUCAGGAGCAUGACGAGGAGAUGGUCAACAUCUACUGCCUGAGCUGUGAGACGCCCACCUGCUCCAUGUGUAAAGGGUUUGGCCAGCACAAGGACUGUGAGGUGGCCCCUCUGCAGAACGUCGACAAGAGACAGAAGGUAAUGGAGCACCCUGAGUCAGGGCCAAGGGUCUGAUUGUGAUGUCACUCAAUAUCUCUAUAGCUGUCUGUCUUCCUGUCUGGUAGUCUGUCUGCCUGUCUGUCUGUUAGAUCGUCCUUACACUGAAAAGUAAUGAUCCAAUAUAACAGCUUACUUAUAGUCGCUGUCUGUAUUCAUAAUGUCCACCAGAGAGAGAUGUGAAUGUUAUUUAAAGUGUAGAGCCAGUGUGUGUAUGUGAUCUGCCUUAUUUAAAGAGUGAGUGUGUAUGUGUGUGGUUUUUCUAUGAGUGCUAAGUGUAGUGACAGCAGACAGAUGUGUUGAGUCAUGGCUGCCCUGCGGGGUUUAAUCUCACCGCACACGCACGCACGCACGCACGCACGCACACACACACGGCCCUGUCAACCUGGUGGUACGACUACAGCUAAGAUUGUGUGUAUAUAUGGAACUGAAAAGGGUUCUACCUGCAACCAAAAAUAUACUGAACAAAAAGAUAAUGCAACAAGUGUUGGUCCCAUGUUUCAUGUGCUGAAAUAAAAGAUCUAAAAAAAAAAUCCACACACAAAGAGCUUAUUUCUCUCACAUUUUGUGCACAAAUUUGUUUACAUCCCUGUUAUUGAGCAUUUCUCCUUUCCCAAGAUAAUCCAACCACUUGACAGGUGUGGCAUAUCAAGAAGCUGAUUAAAUGGCAUGAUCAUUACACAAGUGGACCUUGUGCUGGGGACAAUAAAAGGCCACUCUAAAAUGUGCAGUUAUGUCACAACGCAAUGCCACAGAUGUCUCAAGUUUUGAGGGAGCAUGCAAUUGUCAUGCUGACGGCAGGAGUGUCCACCAGAGCUGUUGCCAGAUAAUUAAAUGUUAAUUUCUCUAUCAUAAGCCACCUCAAGAAGCUGAUUAAAUUGCAUCAUCAUUACACAAGUGGACCUUGUGCUGGGGACAAUAAAAGGCCACUCUAAAAUGUGCAGUUAUGUCACAACGCAAUGCCACAGAUGUCUCAAGUUUUGAGGGAGCAUGCAAUUGUCAUGCUGACGUCAGGAGUGUCCACCAGAGCUGUUGCCAGAUAAUUGAAUGUUAAUUUCUCUAUCAUAAGCCACCUAAAACGUUGUUUUAGAGAAUUUGGCAGUAUGUGCAACCAGCCUAACAACCGCAGACCACGUCUAACCACGCCAGCCCAGGAGCUCCACAUCCGGCUUCUUGACCUGCGGGAUUGUCUUGAGCCUAAUUAAUUAAUUUCAAUUAACUGAUUUCCUGAACUCAGUAAAAUUGUUGAAAUUGUUGCAUGUUCCGUUUAUAUUUUUGUUCAGUAUAGUUAUUCAAAGGGUUAUCCUAUGGGAACAGCCGAAGAACCCUUUUAGGUUCUUGAUAGCACCUUUUUUUUCUAAGAAUGUAGCUUUCCCCUACAGCAUCCAAGUGAACAGUGACUAAUAUCAAAGUGAAGGUCAGUUGUUAAGGAUGGACAAUGUGUCCGGCUGUUGAGUAAUACUGAAGGGGAAGCCACCCACACAAACAUGAUACAUACACGUUACAUAUUUACUGUAUCUACUUUCAUAAGCUAAAAGCAGUGUGUUUGAAUGGACUAUAACAUCAGACAUGGUAUUGAGCAGGUGGCUUUGGUGACAUUGUGCCUCGCACUCAUUGCUCACUCUCUCACUAUGAAUCAUUCAUUACAAAUGCAGAUGAGGAAAGUUUAGGAGCAGCUUCAGCUAAUGUUUUAUGCAUUGUUUAAAAACAACACUUUGAAGAUUUAAAUAUUGAAUCAAUCAUCACAAUUGUGUGAACUACUACCUAAUGUGUCAGUUGAGGGUUGGAAUAAAAGCCUUCAUAUCCUGUAGUCCUCCAGGACUAUCACUUGGUGAGUACAGACAUUGACCCAUCAUGCUAUGUUGACAGAGCUGAGUGACGGCAUCGCCAUCUUGGUGGCGGGGAACGACCGUAUCCAGGCCCUCCUCUCUCAGAUGGAGGAGACCUGCAGGUCCAUCCAGGUGAGAAUGUCCCCCACUACAACCACUCACACCUCUCACUGCACAGUCACACACAUCACUGUGAACAACCUGUUGUAUUGUAAUAACUAUCAUCAAUAAGUAUUAAUACAUUAUUUAUAAACUAUUAAUAUAUAUAUAUAUAUAUAUAUAUAUACACAGUGGGGAAAACAAGUAUUUAGUCAGCCACCAAUUGUGUAAGUUCUCCCACUUAAAAAGAUGAGCGAGGCCUGUAAUUUUCAUCAUAGGUACACGUCAACUAUAACAGACAAAAUGAGGAAAAGAAAUCCAGAAAAUCACAUUGUAGGAUUUUUAAUGAAUUUAUUUGCAAAUUAUGGUGGAAAAUAAGUAUUUGGUCACCUACAAACAGGCAAGAUUUCUGGCUCUCACAGACCUGUAACUUCUUCUUUAAGAGGCUCCUCUGUCCUCCACUCGUUACCUGUAUUAAUGGCACCUGUUUGAACUUGUUAUCAGUAUAAAAGACACCUGUCCACAACCUCAAACAGUCACACUCCAAACUCCACUAUGGCCAAGACCAAAGAGCUGUCAAAGGACACCAGAAACAAAAUUGUAGACCUGCACCAGGCUGGGAAGACUGAAUCUGCAAUAGGUAAGCAGCUUGGUUUGAAGAAAUCAACUGUGGGAGCAAUUAUUAGGAAAUGGAAGACAUACAAGACCACUGAUAAUCUCCCUCGAUCUGGGGCUCCACGCAAGAUCUCACCCCAUGGGGUCAAAAUGAUCACAAGAACGGUGAGCAAAAAUCCCAGAACCACACGGGGGGACCUAGUGAAUGACCUGCAGAGAGCUGGGACCAAAGUAACAAAGCCUACCAUCAGUAACACACUACGCCGCCAGGGACUCAAAUCCUGCAGUGCAAGACGUGUUCCCCUGCUUAAGCCAGUACAUGUCCAGGCCCGUCUGAAGUUUGCUAGAGUGCAUUUGGAUGAUCCAGAAGAGGAUUGGGAGAAUGUCAUAUGGUCAGAUGAAACCAAAAUAUAACUUUUUGGUAAAAACUCAACUCGUCGUGUUUGGAGGACAAAGAAUGCUGAGUUGCAUCCAAAGAACACCAUACCUACUGUGAAGCAUGGGGGUGGAAACAUCAUGCUUUGGGGCUGUUUUUCUGCAAAGGGACCAGGACAACUGAUCCGUGUAAAGGAAAGAAUGAAUGGGGCCAUGUAUCAUGAGAUUUUGAGUGAAAACCUCCUUCCAUCAGCAAGGGCAUUGAAGAUGAAACGUGGCUGGGUCUUUCAGCGUGACAAUGAUCCCAAACACACCGCCCGGGCAACGAUGGAGUGGCUUCGUAAGAAGCAUUUCAAGGUCCUGGAGUGGCCUAGCCAGUCUCCAGAUCUCAACCCCAUAGAAAAUCUUUGGAGGGAAUUGAAAGUCCGUGUUGCCCAGCGACAGCCCCAAAACAUCACUGCUCUAGAGGAGAUCUGCAUGGAGGAAUGGGCCAAAAUACCAGCAACAGUGUGUGAAAACCUUGUGAAGACUUACAGAAAACGUUUGACCUGUGUCAUUUCCAACAAAGGGUAUAUAACAAAGUAUUGAGAAACUUUUGUUAUUGACCAAAUACUUAUUUUCCACCAUAAUUUGCAAAUAAAUUCAUUAAAAAUCCUACAAUGUGAUUUUCUGGAAAACAUUUUCUCAAUUUGUCUGUCAUAGUUGACGUGUACCUAUGAUGAAAAUUACAGGCCUCUCUCAUCUUUUUAAGUGGGAGAACUUGCACAAUUGGUGGCUGACUAAAUACUUUUUUUCCCCACUGUAUAUAUAUAUAUACAGUACCAGUCAAAAGUUUGGACACACCUACUCAUUCAAGGGUUUUUCUUUAUUUUUACUAUUUUCUACAUUGUAGAACAAUAGUGAAGACAUCAAAACUAACACAUAUGGAAUCAUGUAGUAACCAAAAAAGUGUUAAACAAAUCAAACUAUAUUUUCUAUUUUAGAUUCUUCAAAGUAGCCACCCUUUGCCUUGAUGACAGCUUUGCACACUCUUGGCAUUCUCUCAACCAGCUUCACCUGGAAUGCUUUUCCAACAGUCUUGAAGGAGUUCCCACAUAUGCUGAGCACUUGGCUGCUUUUCCUUCACUCUGCGGUCCAACUCAUCCCAAACCAUCUCAAUUGGGUUGAGGUCGGGUGAUUGUGAAGGCCAGGUCAUCUGAUGCAGCACUCCAUCACUCUCCUUCUCGGUCAGAUAGCCCUUACACAGCCUGGAGGUGUGUCGGGUCAUUGUCCUGUUGAAAAACAAAUGAUAGUCCCACUAAGCCCAAACCAGAUGGGAUGGCAUAUUGCUGCAGAAUGCUGUGGUAGCCAUGCUGGUUAAGUGUGCCUUGAAUUCUAAAUAAAUCACCGACAGUGUCACCAGCAAAGCACACCCACACCAUCACACCUCCUCCACCAUGCUUCACGGUGGGAACCACACAUGUGGAGAUCAUCCGUUCACCUACUCUGCAUCUCACAAAGACAUGGCGGUUGGAACCAAAACUCUCAAAUUUGGACUUAUCAGACCAAAGGACAGAUUUCCACUGGUCUAAUGUCCAUUGCUUGUGUUUCUUGGCCGAAGCAAGUCUCUUCUUCUUAUUGGUGUCCUUUAGUAGUGGUUUCUUUGCAGCAUUUUGACCAUGAAGGCCUGAUUCAUGCAGUCUCCUCUGAACAGUUGAUGUUGAGAUGUGUCUGUUACUUGAACUCUGUGAAGCAUUUAUUUGGGCUGCAAUUUCUGAGGCUGGUAACUCUAAUGAACUUAUCCUCUGCAGCAGAGGUAACUCUGGGUCUUCCUUUCCUGUGGCGGUCCUCAUGAGAGCCAGUUUCAUCAUAGCGCUUGAUGGUUCUUGCGACUGAGAUUUUCCGGAUUGACUGACCUUCAUGUCUUAAAGUAAUGAUGGCCUGUUGUUUCUCUUUGCCUAUUUGAGCUGUUCUUGCCAUAAUAUGGACUUGGUCUUUUACCAAAUAGGGCUAUCUUCUGUAUACCAACUCUACCUUGUCAUAACACAACUGAUUGGCUCAAAUGCAUUAAGUUAAAUUAACUUUUAACAAGGCACACCUGUUAAUUGGAAUGCAUUCCAGGUGACUACCUCAUGAAGCUGGUUGAGAGAAUGCCAAGAGUGUGCAAAGUGUGGCUACUUUGAAGAAUCUAAAAUCUAAAAUAUAUUUGGAUUUGUUUUUAUCACUUUUUUGGUUACUACAUGAUUCCAUAUGUGUUAUUUCAUGGUUUUGAUGUCUUCACUAUUAUUCUACAAUGUAGAAAAUAGUAAAAAUAAAGAAAAACCCUUGAAUGAGCAGGUGUGUCCAACCUUUUGACUGGUAUUGUAUACUAAACAUUUAUAAGGGCUUUUCAUGAAAGUUAUUAUUAGGUGUUACCAAUGGGUGUCUGUGUGCAGCAGAACGGGCGUCGUCAGAAGCAGAGUCUGUGUGGUAAGUUUGACGGGCUGUAUGCCAUCCUGGAGGAGAGGAAGAAGGAGUUGGUGGGGAUGAUCAGCAGGAUGACAAGCUGGACUACAUCCGCUCCCUCAUCCGUCGCCACGACUACCUGGAGGGCACCGUCAAGCUGGUGGAGACAGCCAUCCAGUCCAUGGAGGAACCAGAGAUGGCCGUGUUCCUACAAGUAGGCACUAUGGAUGGAACACUAGCACUGAACCUGGGUGCACUGUCUGGCCUCAGUAACUGGACCUGGGGUGUGUACCGGUAUGUCAUGUAAUGGAAUUGAAUGAUUGUCAGAUGUAACUUCUUGAGCAGAAAAUUUGCCUGUUUUAGCCCUUGUAAACUGGACGAGGAUCAGUGUUCCUUUAGGUAGCUAAUGUUUCACUGUCUUAGGAUCAGUAGCCCUAAAGGUAGCCUAUGAGUCAGGUGACCCUCAACAAAGGACUGUAAUAGGAUCAGUUGUGUGAUCAAUUUCUCUGGGUCAGUUGUUAGCUGGUCCCAAUCCACAUGAGACAUGAUAAGGUAAUCACAGUAUGAUGAGUCACAGACACUAUAGACACUAUAGUCCCCCGUUUCACCCCUGACCUAAACAAAUGACAGUCCACUCCACAUCAGGCUCAUUUUUAUGCCCGAAGAUGCAGUGAAGGAGCCUUUCAUCCUUUAGAUCAGGUUUAGAGAAACCUUCACUAUCGAUAAUCAACGGGGUGUCGUGCAGUGCUUCGCUUUCUCCGGCUUUGCCGUAUCGAGCAGGGGAGGAGUGAAAAGCAGAAAGCCCAGCAGGGGAGCCUCGUCGGCGGGCACGCUGCUUUCAAGAGCCCCCCUGGGAACUCUGGUCCUGUGGUUCUCUGAUCAUGCACUGUAAAGAGAAUUUCCAGGUGAAAGGGAGAGCAGUCAUUGGUAAUGUCAAUCAAAAAUAUAUCUGGUUUAAUACAAGUUGCAACAGGGAGACACCUCCAGCACAGAAGCAGAGCAGAUGUCUCAUGAGCGUUCUCUAAGCAGGCCUAAUCAUAUGUUCUGGAAACACAUAACUAAAGAUAACACAAAGCAAUGACUCACACAGUCUCACAGAAUAAUAACCAGUGUGUCCUCGGAACAGGCACCAACACUAUCAGCAGAUAUGAGAACUGUCCAUUACAUUCAGGUCUAGAAUACAAGUCUUGUGACCAUCAACCUUGCACAGAACAGAAUCAUGUGUUCCAGAAAGGAAAGUUAUAAUACAUUGUGUUCAUCUUAACUGACUAUGAACUUUAUUAAUCUUAAUUUCCCAUUACAUGCACACUGUAACCCAGUGGAAGCAUCCUCGGAGUACCAGCCUCAGGGGUCAGACAUUGAUCAACUGGCGACAAACCUACACACACACACACACACCUCUGCAUGGGACACCUGCCUCAUUCUUUGACCUCUGGCCCCCUGGCCAUCAAUACUGUCCUUGGAACAGAGCCAGGUUGGAUGACGUGCUCCUGCUGCAGACAGCCGGUAGUAAAAAAACCCGCCAGGCGAGAGAUAGAUGGUACCAUUCAUGUCAUCCAUCCAUCCAUCCAGCACUCCUCUCUUCCACUCGGGUCCCUUGCUCUAUAAAAAGCUACAAAUCGACUGAAGGCUCGUAACUUAAGUCUCUUUUUUCAUCUCCCUCAUUGCUCCCUUUGUUUUGUCAGCUGGUUAGCAGGUAGCGCUAGCAGCGAGUGGCAGGAUGGUGGCAGGUGCAUGUUUUCUGAAUGACUCAAGCUGAGCGAGUGGUUCAGAAGAUUGAGAGAAGAAGCAGAUAUGAAAAUGAAAUGUAAAUGAAUUCAAAUGAUACAAAAUCAACAAACUCAUUCUAAUUUAGAUAUAGCACUAAUUGACCUCAGAAAUUAAGUGCUGGAAAUGAAACUAAAUGCAAUAGCCUGCUGAUCGUUUAUUUUCUCCACAGAGCCUCAAGGAUAUAUUUAAACAGUAAGUAACAUUCUUGUUUUCGUCUGUUUAGUGUUCCAUUCUGCUUCUUAUGGGCUGUUUAGCUGGAAAAUCACAAAUAGCAUUACAUAACACAAAUAUUCACAUAAACUAACACACCAAUUGCAUUGACUAUGAAGCUAAAGUAACUGCAUAGGAGAUGCGUGUGAUUUGCAGUAAUGUCUGAUGGCUGGCUGCUGAUAGCUAAUACAUUAUAAUGAAGCUCUCCACCUGUAGAGUUAUCGAGCAUAUCCACCCAGCAUGCGUCACUACCAGCCACACGGGGGACAGAGGACGCUGCCAUCCAUCGCUGUCCUGUCUGUCACCUCCUAUUUGUUUGUCUCUGCUAAGGUGUCCAAUAUGGAACGUCCAGAGCCGGGCUACGAGAGCAAGGCCCAUUUUGUCAUCAACACAGAGAAUGUGGCAGACGUGCUGAGGACCAUUGACUUCAACACAGGUAGGGCCUCAGGUAGCUGUACAAUACGACCAUAUAUGGAGAGUUUGGCCACUUUUAAGUUUCUCUAUACAUGACUCUAGCCUCAAGGCCCUGACGGAUGUUCAGCUCCGUACAUUACCCCCCAAAACUAUUUUCCAUUGCAUGUUCAAGGCUAUUUCCCUUGUUUUUGUUGGUCUGUCUUAAUGUGGUGCUUUCUGUGUGGUCGCAGGUUCCCAGGGAAAGGUCGGAGAGGAUGGUUAUGAUCUGGGUGAGGACUUGGCAUCACUGACAGCGGUGGACGUAGACUAUGGGCGAUACCAGUAGUUGAAAAGGGUCAAAGAAAGAAAAAGCAGCACAUGGUAUGCUGCUCCCCUGCUUUAUUCCCUUACACAUAUUUACUACGUUUAGGCUACAAACACAAAGGCUGUUAAAUAUAGUUAUACUGUAUAUUGUUUCUACUGACAUCAGUCUUAAACAUUGCCAUAAAGGCUGAAAUCAAGUGUUUAAUCUCUAGAAUAUGGAUGGAUCACUUGUCUUGUUUACCCCACAGCCAACUCAUUUCAAAUGGAGAGACCAGGCAUUCUUUCUCCUCUCAGUGAUAAAUUAAUUCCAUAUUCCCUUAGCUACCUCCAAAGGUGUAACGAUCCUGCUUAAAGCCAGGGGACCCUUCGGCCUCACAGCUUCACUGUAACAUGCCAAAGAUUAAUGAACUGGAAGUACACAUUUCAUGAAUGGCCACGGACAGAUACUCUAGGGAGAGAUGGAGGAGCGGUUGUUGACUGGGCUAUCAUUUAUACAUGAUUAAAGUUUCAACCAGAAACUCCCAAGUGAGGAGUCUGAUGUUUUGAUUGGGCUUUACCUUGUUGGACUGACAAUGACAAUGCUUUUGAUUUUGGCUUAGUAUAGAUCAUGGCCCUCACACUGGGCAUUCAGCUCUGUUAAAAAGCUCUGCCUCCUAGUGCCUUGGGUUGGGACCUCAGCCUGACAGGUAGUGAAGAAUAGACCUCUCCUGUGUCUCACACACACAGAUCUGAGCCAUGUUUCUGUAACCCGUGUCAUUACUUAUAAUAGUUAUAAAUAACUAGCGCCCACCCUGCGUGUGAUGGGGUUGGGGUUGUUGUGGAUAUAUGGCCCUGAGCCUGGGUGCUCACAGGAGAGCCCCCGGAGCUGUCGACCUCUGAUUGCAGGAAGGAAGGGAGAGGGAGGGGGGACACACGAGAGGCGAGACAGAGCUGGGAGUAAUUGAUGGGGUGUGUGUGUGCUCACCACAGCGAGAGUUCCCUGACUAUGAAUGGAGAUUGAUCAGUGUCUGAUGGCUGCCAGUGAUCUGAGGUCGACACACAGUUUUCUGGCAACAAGCUGUUCCAUCAAUAAUUCUUCACACUACAUGAAGGAUGACACAGAACAGAGUGGCCAAUUCCACAAUCCAUGACAUGUACAGGACUGGAAGGGGUUAACUAAGUGGGGUUUCUCAUAUCUCUGACUCAUAGAAUUUAAGGGGAAACUAUAGCAGACAUUGCUGAAAACUAUGGAGCAAAUUUUACAUUUCCAAAGGACAUUAAUACAAUUACACAGAAUCUUUAACAGCCGGAAGCAGAGAAUCUCCCUCCACUACGUAAUGAGGAGAGUCAUAGUAUAUUCAUGUCAACAGACAAAACACAGUGUCCUCUCCUCUCCCACUUGGUGCUCCCGUUUAAUGUUCGACUUCAAAAAUAGACCCAGUCUAACAGGAAAUGAAGACAAUGGUGAUGCUAUGAGAUUGUCAUGCUCAACUCACAUUAAUCAAUCUCCUCUUUUGUUUUAAUCAGGGUUCUUCCAGUCAAGAAAGGACUACUUAGUGGGUUUA